GUGUGUAUAGUGUGUGUGUGUAGUGUGUAUUGUGUAUUGUGUGUGUGUGUGUUUCAGGACUGUUCGCGCCUCUGUCUUCUGUCCUGCUGAUGCAGCUGAAAUCAGACUGUGUGUUUCCAUGAGAACAAAGCUUCGGUCACCGCAGCAACACAAACAGCAGAUGAACAAAGGCGGCCAUGUUUCCAGAAGGCCGUCCUCCCAUAAAUCCCGGCGGCCUGCGGCUCUGAGCGGUUUGUCACUGGGAGCCGUCAUGCCUCUGCCUCGACGCCGUUCCUCCUUCCUCGGACAGUCGUCCUCCGAGCGCCCGGCCGCCGCCUCCUGCGGCAGGCUGAGCUCGACCGGCACCGCCGCUCCCCGCGGCGUCUUCGUGGGCUCCGCCCCGCCCGUGGGCGGGGUGUCCGGCCUGGGGACGCGGGUGUCCCGGCGCGCUCUGGGCAUCAGCAGCGUGUUCCUGCAGGGCAUGAGGAGCAGCGCGGCGCCCGUGCUGCCCCGCGGUGGGGAGCGGGCGGCGGGUCACGGCGCGGCAGCGGCCGGUCUGAACAGCUGCCUGAUGGAGUACAGAGACAAGGUUCGAGCCCUGGAGACGCUCAACCAGCAGCUGGAGGAGCAGAUACGACUCUGCCUGGACCGCAAGGCCUCCAGCGCCGGAGCCUGGGGGCCCCUCAGGAGGGAGUGGGAGGACGUCUACCGACAGGUCAGUGAAGCCAUCCUGGAUAACGCUCGGCUGAUGCUGCAGACAGAGAACGUUCAGGCCAACGCUGAGGACUUUAAGGACAGGUAUGAGAACGAGCAGCCGUUCAGGAAGGCGGUGGAGGAGGAGAUCAACUCCCUGUACAAAGUCAUCGACGACGCCAACCUGACCAAGGCAGAGCUGGAGGAGCAGAUGGAGAACAUGAGAGCAGAGCUGCGUAACCUGGAGCACAACCACGAGCAGGACGUGCGGCUCCUCUACAGUCAGAUGUCGGGACGUGAGGUGGACCAACCCGACGCUCCCAUAGAGACCAGUCUGGACCAGAUCCUGGCUUACAUCAGGAACCACUGGGAGAAGGUCACAGAGAGGAACCGAGCCGACACCGACAGCUACCUGGAGUGUAAGGAGGCGCAGUGUGUCAGCAGGCUGAGUCCGGAGGAGAAGCAGGUGGAGGCGCUGAAGGCCGAGUGCAGCGACGCUGGCUGCAAGAUCCAGAGUCUGCAGGCCGAGACUGAGUCCAUCAGAGCACUGAAGCGUGGUUUGGAGAACUCUCUGGGUGAUGCACGGCACUGGCACGACGUGGAGCUGCAGAAUCUGGGCUCAGUGGUGGCGAAGCUGGAGGCGGAGCUGGCCGAUGUGCGCGGAGAGAUUGACCAGCAGCGCCGCGACUAUGACACGCUGCUGAGCAACAAGCAGCGACUGGAGCAGGAGAUCAGCAUGUACCACGGCAUCCUGGACGGAGAGGAGAGCCGCUUCCAGCCCACCGACCUGAUGUGUUCAGGUCUGCACUCCGACCCUGAGGGAGCUGCUCCAGACUCCAGGACCGAUGCUCCAGGACCUCCAGGACAGUGAUGGUCUGACCUCCCUGUGGAGGAUCUGAGGAGCAGACUGAAGUCCAGCAGAGACUUUGUAGAUGUUUGUGUUUUUUCAGACAGACGUAGACUCUGCUGGAGGGUUUCCUACCAGGUGAGGUGUGCAGGUGUGAAUGAUCAGUCCCUCCAGGAAAUAACGAUUUUGCGAUCGCAAUAAUUCAUGCAAAGAAGAAAUCUCUGCAAUAUUUGUGAGAGCUGCAGUUUAGUUAAAUUACAGCAACUUUCCUGCAUGAAACCAAGCAGUCCAAACCAGCAGCUGCUUGUGGUUUGGACCAAUUGUGGCGUUUGGUGUGGUGGUAACUGACGUCAUUCAGGUGGAAGAUGGACAAAUCUCACCUGCCAACAAACAUGAUGCCAUAGACGAGCAAAACAAUUCCCAAAUGUUCCCAAACGUUCCCAGAUGACAGUGGAGGGAAACUGUUUUGUAAUCCUUGUAACAUUGUGGUCGACUACAAGCAGAAAUCUUCACCAGUCAGUCAGCGAUGAAUAAACAACACUGCAAUCACUGUGACCGAAGCAGCUGACUAUA